CUCUAAUGGGAGAUGGUGGGGUCCUUCAGCAGCACUUCCUGUAGGAGGGUGGACUUGGCCUCCGUGUCCCAGGGCAUAAUAACCUGCUGACAGGGCAGCCAGAAGGUGAAUGAAUGCUAAUGCUGCUGCUGUCUGAGGUCACUGCCUGUCUGCUUUAUCCCUUGGUCACUAUUUCAGAUGCCCGUUGGUACAGGCUGCAAGGUAAUACAUCUUUCCCACAUUUAUUUGAAUUUUAGAUUUAUUUGAAUACCUUGUAAAAUAAUAAGGCAGUUAUUGUCUUGAGGGGAGGUUUUACUGAGAUGUGGAAGCAUUUGUUGCCUUGGACCUUGUUGUUGAUCUAAACAAGUGCUUGAGUUUGUCCAUAGUGAGGAUCAAGGCCUGAGAGUAAAGGAAAAAAAAAUAAAGGCCAGAAUAAAAAGUGUCUAUUUCAGUUGAGAAAUAGAUGUAUAAUUAUGUUGGCUGGAACAUGUUUUAAAAAAAUCUUGAAUAUUGAAGAUUUUAGGACAGAGAUAGAGCCAGUCCAGUAAAAAUAAUUCUCAUCUAAUCCUACCAUGUAAAAGCUGUGUGUAGGAGGUUCCAAUUCAGUUGCAUUUGUAGAAGUAGUCUUAAUAUUGUUACACUUUGGUAAAAGAAAUUGGUAUUUAACUGUGUAAAUUUUUUUUUUUUUGCAUUCAGUUAUAUGCAAAGCUGACUUAUUAGUGAAAAAAUUGAAACCUUUUGCUGAGUUUUAGUGUAAUUCCACAAACUUGUUGCAACAUAUUGUGUAUUGAGGUAAUAAAAAAGUGCUACCAAUUUAUUAUUGGUAGUGCGACUUAACAGCACCAUGACGCUGUGCAGUGCAGUGGUAGUCUUGAACCCCAAUUCUUAUAACAUGUAAACAAGUUUAUUUUGACAUUUGAAAGAAUUUUUAUUCUGGAUGGAAAGAAUAACUGAGGGAAGGAAGAAACAUUUACUUGCCUUUUUCUUCCUUUAGUGUGAAAAUAGUAUUUGCAGUUACUUGCUCAUACCUAGUGUAUGAAAUACAUAUCUAUGAAUAUCUGGAGAGUUAGUUUAAGAGGUCAGCUAAAACAUUGUAUUAAGUGCAUUAGUAGCCACCUGUACACUCACCUGGUGUGAAAAAGUUAAUUUCCUAGGUACAGAUAAAAAUGUGAAAAGAAAGAAACAAAAGAAAGGGCAGCGUCUUCACUUAUUGAAGGUUUGAAUAGCAUAACAGUAUUCAUGAAAUGGGAAAAGGCCUCUGUAAUUUGCCCAGAAAAGAUAGUGAAAAUAAAGUAUUAGGUAGGUUUUGCCCAAUAUUUUCCCUGUUGCCAAUCUUGAUCUGGUCUUAAACCCCCCACCCCAAAAAGCAUUUGGAACUGAACAUUUCAGAGCCACACUUGUAAUUUUUAUACAGUGUUGACAGUAAGUGGUCUCAAAACAAAGGCGAUCUACAGUUUUUCAGAUAAAAUAUUUAAUUUGGCAGAAGUAUGCAAAAUACAAGCUUCUGUUCAUCUCUGCAUGGCCCAGUGCCCCUGACGUUGAGUGCAGCUCUCUGUGUGGUGCACUUUUGUAGCGGGAUGCUCUCUUCCUAUGCAGUCAUGCAGUUCCUCGUGUGAGCAGGCAAGCACAAGAUGCCUUUGCGAGCAGGUUUUCCACUCCAGUUGCUUUGCCCGUGUGCCGAGAGCGGGCUCUGUCUGUGGGGUGCGUGUGUCCUGCUCCCUCAGAGUCACUGGGGUUGCUCCUGGAGGGCCACCCAAGUGGCAUUGGCUGCUUUGAACUGGUUUGCUCUGAAGCAGAGAGGCUCUAUUCAUCUGUUCUGUAUUGCACUUGGCUGUGAGCCACCACUGGGUCUUGUUUGCUGGUCCUGUGACCUCAGGGAAUGAAUUUUUCUUUUUGGUUUGGAGUGUUUGAAACUACCUACAUGCUUGAUGUUUAAUAGUGUGAACUCAGAGACUGUGUGUGAAAUUCCAUGAGGAUAUAUUCACUGAGUGGAAAGCCCGUUGAGAAGUUCUUAACAGAUUGGAUAGGACUGAGGGGGUCAGACUCGGUGCAUUCCUACCCAUACUGGUUUUUGGGAACAGCUUCUGGAAUGAAGUGCUCCCAGAAUUGUGCCUAGUGUUUGUCUUUGGAAAAACUGCUUGGAGCAAUGCAGGUGACUGCUCUCAGGUCUUCCAUGUGUAACAGGUUAGGUGUGUGCCAGAGGUACAGAUGACUGGAAGGAACUGGUGUGCCAUUGUGGGCACACUUGCCUGGACUGCUGUGCCUCAGCAAGUUCACACAGAGCUGGCCCUGGAGCUUCACUCUAAGCAGGCUGUGGAGCUCUGCUGCCUGCCAUCUGGACCUAGGGUAUAUACGGCACGGCAACAAUUAUUUCUCGUGCUUUUAAGGGACAGUGUGGUAAUUGGGUGAUCAUAUUUAUUUUUCUUUCUCAGAUUUGAAGGUAUAUAUUAUUUAGAAAUGAAAAUGUGUCUGUACAAUGCAUAACAUGCAUGUGGGCACUGUCUUGUACCUGUGCCGUUCUCCUGUGCAAUCAUUAACGAUGUGUUUUAUCAUUUGGUGACUUUUGUCUUGCUUAACAGCCUUGCAUGACACUUGUUUGGAGAAAUACACAUCUUUUCCCUGAGAAGCAGGCAAAGAUACCAAUCAUGCAUUUUAUAUUUUGACUUGCUUUAAAUGCAUUUAUUGCCAGAUGAGAUCUUGUCCUACAAACUUGUCAUAUCUCUCCUUGAACAUCAUUUGGUAGUUAAUUUCUUUGUGAAAAUACAGAGAAAGCAUACUAGACUCCUGAAAUCUCACAGUAAUAUUUCAGAUAUUACUCUAAAGGAUGAACCAUUUCCUCCAGCUUAAAAUAUUAAGCCAGCAUUGCUUCAGCUUGCUUUGCAAGGCUUACCUAUAUCUGCAGUUAUGUAAGUUUCAGUUAUGUGAUAUUUCAUGGGCAUCUAUUUAAACAUACAACUAUUAUUUUUAGUUGAAAUAUAGACUAUAUAAAGACUUAAAAGAUGUGGGAUCAAGGUGGACAACCUUGGCAGCAAUGGCCUUUGAACCAACAGCAGUGGAUGCAGUCAUUUCAGCACCAGCAAGAUCCAAGCCAGAUUGACUGGGCUGCACUAGCUCAAGCAUGGAUUGCUCAGCGAGAAGCCUCAGGGCAACAGAAUGUAGUGGAACAGCAAGGAAUGAUGCCAAACGGACAGGAUAUUUCAGGAAUAGAGUCUGGUCCAAACAACCAUAAUAAUUUUCAGGGGGAUCCCAAUUUCAACAGAAUGUGGCAGCCAGAAUGGGGAAUGCCUCACCAACCCCCUCACCCACCUCCAGAUCAGCAGUGGAUGACUCCAACCCCAGGUCAAAUGGAAAUUGUUCCUCCGUCUGAAGACAGCAACAGUCAGGACAGUGGGGAAUUUACUCCUGACAACAGGCAUAUAUUUAACCAGAACAAUCACAACUUUGGGGGACCUCCCGAUAACUUUGCAAUGGGGCCAGUGAACCAGUUUGACUAUCAGCAUGGGGCUGCUUUUGGUCCACCUCAAGGUGGAUUUCACCCACCUUAUUGGCAGCCAGGACCACCAGGGCCACCAGGUCCUCCAGCACCUCCUGCACCUACUCAAAAUCGAAGGGAAAGACCCUCGUUCAGAGACCGACAGCGUUCACCUAUUGCGAUGCCUGUGAAGCAGGAGCCUCCCCAGAUUGAUGCUGUGAAGCGUAGAACUCUGCCUGCCUGGAUUCGUGAGGGCCUGGAAAAGAUGGAAAGAGAAAAACAGAAAAAAUUGGAAAAAGAGAGAAUGGAACAGCAACGUUCACAGAUGUCUAAAAAAGAGAAAAAGGAAAGCGAGGAGGCUGAAGAAGGGGAUGGCCCACGGUUACCUCAGAGAAGUAAAUUUGACAGCGAUGAGGAAGAUGAAGAUGCUGAAAACACAGAAGCUGUAAGUGUUGGGAAAAUCAGCAGGAGUCCAUCCCCAGCUCCUCAAGAGGAGCAAAGUGAACCAGAAAUGACAGAAGAAGAAAAGGAGUAUCAAAUGAUGAUGCUGACAAAAAUGCUGCUGACAGAGAUUCUCUUAGAUGUCACAAAUGAAGAAAUCUAUUAUGUGGCCAAAGAUGUUCACCGUAAAGCAACUAAAGCUCCUGCAAAACAGCUGGCACAGUCCAGUGCACUGGCUUCCCUCACUGGACUCGGUGGACUGGGUGGUUAUGGAUCAGGAGACAGUGAAGAUGAGAGGAGUGACAGAGGCUCUGAAUCAUCUGAUACUGAUGACGAGGAAUUACGACACAGAAUAAGGCAAAAACAGGAAGCAUUUUGGAGAAAAGAGAGAGAACAGCAACUACUACUAGAAAAACAGCUAGAAGAUCAACAACUCCUCUCCGUCGUAAACGCUGAGGAAUUUAUGGCACCAGUGCUAUGAUGUUUAAAAAUUCCAUGAGUUAUAAAAGGCUUGUCUCAUUAUAGAGGCACAUUGUGGCUAUGUAGGUGAAACCAGAAUCCUUUUUUUUAUCUGUAAAUAGGUGUAUUUUUUCCAAAUGCUGCUCAGAAUUAAAUACCUUAUAGGAUUUCUUUGUAUUACAUUUUUUCAAGAACGGUAGUGCUUAUUAAGACUAUAAAACAGGCCAUUCUCUUUCAGCUGUAAUGUUCUUAAAAUUACUAUUGAAUGUACUGUGAUGUCAAUAAAGCUCUUUAGUUCAUUUUUUGUUUAAAA